ACGACUUUUAUAGAAUUUUGUUACCUUUUCCAAUCACACAUUUUCAAUUUGUGAAUCUUUGUUUUUCUUUUGCAACCCCUUCGCAAAAUCCGCGUUCUUAAUGCGCCCUUACCUUAGAAUAUGAUAUCAAAAGCUCAUUCAAAUCGAUCCAAUAGUUUCGGCUGUGCGUUUACCAUCAGUUAAUCAGCCAGUCACGGGCAGUUCCUUCAUAUACAAAGGUUAAAUAUAGCUGAUAUGCGGUCCUGAUUCAGGUCUAAAGGGCAUCGUCGAUUGGAGUUGCUGUCUAACGUUUCACGAGUGAGUAACAAGCUUCUCUAGAAGUCCUUCCAACUCCGAUGCUGGAUGUGGCAUAUCAGUUCAUACCUUUAUCAUUAAACACAUUUUAAGCAUUUUUCAGUUCAUAUAAUCCAGUGUUUACUAUUACUAAUCAAUUUAUUCUUUAAUACAUUUUCAACAGAACUUUUGUCAUGUUUAAUUUUUGUUAAGUGUUUCUUAUUAAUUACCUUCCUGAGUAUAUUCGAUUUUCGGUUAGUAUUGUCCUUUUUGAAAUCCCAUGCGUUCUGCCACUGUGUCAAUAACGAUUUAAUUUUAAAACACAUGCAUACAGGUACAGCAAGAGUUAAGACGGUGUUUGUUACUGCUUAACUUUGCCUGACCAUCAACAACAAACACAUUAUCUUUCACUUGUUCUUGGCUCUGUUGGCUGCAAGGCUAAAGUAGGCCGCUAGUGUAGAAAGAAGAAUUACCACAUUGAGUUGAAAGCCACUAUGAAGUUCGGAUCGGCAGACGCGUUUUGAGCAGGACUGACUUAAGUUACAAUCAGGCGGUUUCCUUUGCUGAUCUUUUUUUUUUUUGGUUUUUAUCUUUUUCUCGUUGCCAUAUGCGCGAAAAAUUAAAUACGUAGGAUUUUUGAACAGUGCAUUGUCAGAUGGUUAUUUCGUGAACGCGAUUUUUGUGUUUGCUGCCUGACGUUUCGAAAGCUAUAUCGUCCAUCUUCAUCAUGGUACUAUCGACGAGAAAUAGGGAGUCUGAUGACACGAUGCCUCAAACAGUACCGUCCGCGGGUUUUACCCCACCGUGUGAUUACAGCACGUUCGCCGAGAGUUUCGAUCUGAGUCUUUUGCCGGGAGAAGAGGAUAAUCCUCCCUACUUGUCACCCUCAACCCCCCUAUACACAUACUCUCCCCCGCCCGCGACAUGCGGAGGAAAACCAAAAAUCUACACCACAUUUUAUUCAAGUACUUUAAACGACAACGCAGAAAACAACGACAUCGAUUUGGGACCCGAUUUUCAGAAACUAUUAACCCCCGACCCACCGAAAAAAGAACAAAAUUAUUUAACGCCACCCACGAGUGGCAUCUAUUUAGAGGUUCCAAAUUCAAAAAGUUCUUAUUCUUCGGGUUCGUUGUCUCCUUAUCAAACCUUAUUGUCUCCUAACGGUCAAUAUUCCGGAUUCCCUUCGCCGUUAUCUGACAAUCAAACUUUGUAUCCCAAUUCUCCGGAAAUAUCUCUAUAUCCCCAUUCGCCCACAUUUUAUCCCCAGUCUCCGGACAAUUUUCAACAGCAGAAACUUAUAAAAAAGGAGGUGUUCUAUACAAAUUCGCCCCCUUACAUAAAAGAGGAAUUACAAACCACCAACUCCUGUCUGGUUUCGCAACAAAAUUUAAACGAACAAACCCCUCAAACACAAACGUCCCCGUCAGAGAAAGCUCUGUAUAAUUUUUUGGAAAAUACUCCAUUGGACAGGCAGAUAAAACAAGAAAAUUCCGUCGAUUUUGGGACGAUUCUACAAGAUUUUCAGACUGGGGAAUCCCUGUUUUGUCAAUCGUACGAAAAAACUGAAGAACAACCUGAAAAACCUAAAGACCAUCAACUUCUGAGGGAAGCGCUAAGAGAUACGAGUUUUCAAAGGAGAUAUAACAUAAGAACUUUUGAUUUCCCCUUGCAUGAGGGAGAAAUUAAAAUGGAAGAAUCUGAACAAAGCGAAAUUACAUGCACGGAAGAGCAACUUCCACGGGAAAAAAUUGAUCCUGUUCUCACAAUCGCCAUCGAACACAUGAAGAAGGACAUCGAUAACACAUGCAAAACGUUGGGAAUUCCUAAAGAUCCCUAUCAAUGGACUUCAGCCAAUGUCUUUUCAUGGUUAAAAUAUACCACAAACCAAUUUGGUUUACCCUCUCCAUCAUCAGAACAAUGGAACCUAUCAGGCAAUGAACUGAUAACAUUAACUGAAGAAGAAUUCAGCAGCAGGAUCUCGCAGGGUGGAAGCAUUCUUCACGCUCAAUUGGAAAUUUGGAAAGCCUCCCACUCUGAGAGUGGUUUAGGUAUUCCAUGGUUACAAGAGACAACAUCCAGCAACACCUCCAGCGGUGAUGUUUCUGAUGAUGAGGAUGAGGAAGUUCCAAUGGAGGUCGAAUCAAAACCUUCGACAUCUCGCGGUACUGGAAGCUCCCACAUCCAUUUGUGGCAAUUCCUCAAGGAAUUGCUAGCGUCUCCACAGGUACAUGGUACAUGUAUCAGAUGGAUUGAUCGCAGCAAAGGGAUCUUCAAAAUCGAAGAUUCUGUGAAGGUGGCAAAACUAUGGGGAAAACGAAAAAACAGGCCAGCUAUGAACUACGACAAACUGAGUAGGUCAAUACGGCAAUAUUACAAAAAAGGUAUAAUGAAAAAGACGGAAAGAUCUCAAAGACUGGUCUAUCAGUUUUGUCAUCCGUAUAACUUGUAAUAAGUAAAUGAUAAUUUCGUAUAUUAUAAAAUAGUUUGUAGAUUUUUGAUCGGAAUACCGUAAUUCUCGUAAACAUUUAUCACUUUUUCUUUACGGUGAAAUCCCGAGUCAAAAAAUUGGGACUCAUUUUGUCCUCAUUUGAUCUCAAUAGAAUUUUUAGGGAUAUUUCAAACUACAAG